GGAGCGACUAUCUAACAAUGUUAUAAACAGGUCAAACCGUGAUAUUUAACACCUGUCCAUGAACAUUCGUACUCUACGAAGAUCCUUCUUAUUGACCACGUCUACGAACCUUCUGCGGAAGAGCAAAACUCAAAUGUUGCGCAGGAGUUUUGGCAUCUCCAUAUGGUGCAGCCGUGCCGAGCUUCAUCGAUUCAAGGAUUUGCAUAUUCCGGAGAGUGUUAUUUAGGAAGUCACAACGUGCACAUCUCACGAACAACGCGAAGCCCCUUAAGGUCGCCCAGAAAAUGGAGAUUCAUUUGAAUUUCGCACCAUCGGGCCGCGCACCUCCGUUUGACUACUUGCCACGCCAACUUCUUAUGAUGUCGACGUUCAGAGUCUGCGGGAUUAUCAUGCAACCGGUUUUGCCCAAAGUACGUGCAUCUAAGGCAAGCGAGCAACGCCUUUACGUUCCCACUGGAUUUAAACCUGCCUGCUACUCUGACUUUGCCUCAUUCCCUUUCACAAACUCCGUCAUGUUUACUUCCCGCUCCAUUAUAUUUGCGCUGCUAAGCUUCCUCGUUGGCGCCAAUGCGUGUAUACAGUGCCCAGCCACAUUGAAGGUCGACGGUAGUACCUCGUACCUAGACGACACCUCCGUCCUAAACGAGGAUGUCACAUUAUGCAUUUACCACAAUGCCAAGUUGAUUGGCGACGACUCAUCAGUGGGCUGUCGGUAUUGGACCGUAAGUGCUUUCUGGAUAUUGUGCAGCUCAUUGUUCUUGGUUGACAUGCUAGCGAUGGCAUCAGAAGAACGGCCAAAUUGUAGACGGGUAUCAGUCUUGUCCGGCUACAGUAACUGCGAAGGAUAAGUGCUCAAAGUGAUGUUAAGAGGUGGGGGAGACGAGAUACACAACAGGAGGAGCAAUGUUCGUCUGCAGACAGCCGGGUGUACGCCAGUACUUAGCCACCAUGCAUGAUAUCUGUUCCGAGAAUUGCCAGAUAGUCUUGUCUUGCCUCGGCCAGUCGAGUGCUAGCAGGGAAU